GUAAAUGCACAGGACUCGAUGGUUUUGUUAUGAGCGUUGCAACAGCUGGCGAUAAUGAACAUUUUGCCAGUGGUUCCACAGAUGGAAAGGUAAAACUUUGGAACAUAGAAAAUAAACAAUGCUUAAGCACUGUCGGCGAGCACUCAGACCAA